AUGUCGGACUUGCGACGGUCAGCCACCGAGGUCAAGCGCGACCAUGACCACAAGGCCAAAUGGGCACACGGAGCCUGUCAAUAUGGACGAGAAGCCCCCUCUUUCGAUAAGUGGACCAUAGAUUCUGCCGGUCCGGGGCGGCUACGUCCAGUUCCUGCUACAUCUGCUGCUUCACAGUCUAUCCUCAAACGCUAUAACGAGUCAAAUCGCCGAUUAGCUCGCCAUGCCAAUUACACUUACUUCCGAAACGAUGUCAAGGAGGCACUGGGCAGCGAUUCCUCUUCCGACGAGACCACCGCCGCCCACGAGAGCGCCGCUCCAGAUUCUUUGCCCGUCCUCGACGACAUGCCCGCAUAUACUGUCUCUGGAAACACCGUCCUCGCAACUGCCGUGUCCAAGGCUGAAAUCAAGUACGAAAACAAAGUAACUGAGAAGCUGGUCAAGGAAUACGAGUUUGUCUCGCGGGAGGAUGAUACCUUUGGGUACGUUGCUGAUGUCGAUGACUUUGAAAUUAUCGAUCACGACAGCGUAUAG